AUGGACGAAUACGACUACAUUAUCGUCGGCGCAGGCAUCGGCGGCCUUGUUCUGGCCAACCGCCUGAGCGCCGAUGCCUCUGUCAAUGUCCUUCUCAUCGAAGCAGGGGCCAACCGCAUGGGCGAUCCCCGUAUCGACACCCCUGGGUUUUUGGGGACGCUGUACGGCAACCCGGACUUUGACUGGGAUUAUAUGAGUGUUCCUCAGCCUCAUGCGAACAACCGACAAAUCGCGCAGCCCCGCGGCCGGGUUGUCGGCGGUUCCUCCGCCUUGAACUUCUCCGUCGUCAUGUACCCGUCCGCAUCGAACUUUGAGGCAUGGAAGGCGCUGGGAAACCAAGGCUGGGGCGCGGAGGAUAUGGCGCCCUACCUGCGGAAAUUCCACACAUUCUCCCCGCCCAGCAAGGCGACGGCCGAACUCCUCGGUGUCGAUCGCUACAUGAAUGCCAGCAACCAGGGGUGUGAUGGUCCUGUGCCUGUUUCCCUGCCGGACGUGUAUGGGCCGUUCAACAAAGCGUGGGACGAGACAUUUGCGCAGCUGGGUUGGCAGACGGACGCGGAUCCCAUCGCGGGACGCAAACUGGGUGCGUUUACCUCGCCGUUGACCGUUGACGCAAAGACAGGGAAGCGCGCGUAUGCAGCGGCAUACUACUCCCCUGAGGUUGCCGCGCGACCAAACCUGCGCCUGCUGCCGGAGACUAUGGUCGAGCGGGUGCUGUUGACCAAGCAGGACGGAGACGUCGUUGCAACCGGCGUGCAGGUCAAGAACCAAGACGGCACGAGGGAAAUCCUCGCGAAGAGAGAGGUCAUUCUCUGCGCCGGCAGCUUGAACAGCCCACAGCUGCUCGAACUCUCCGGCAUUGGCAGCGCAGAGCUCCUGCGAAAGCACGGCAUCCCCGUGAUGGUCAACAGCCCCGGCGUCGGCGAGAACCUCCAGGACCACUGCAUCACCAGCAUCAACUUCGAGAUCGCCGAUGGCCAGGUCUCGGGCGACAUUCUGCGCGAUCCAAACGUGCUGCAGGCGCUCAUCAAGCUCUACGAGGAAACACGCGGCGGCCCGCUGGCAGGUAUGCCCAUCAGCAUGGCCUACCUCCCCUUCGUCGACGGCCAGGGCGUAGUCCCGAGACAGGAAGUCGAGAGCCUGCUAUCGAGAUACCUCGACAGCGCCGAGGUCCCACCCAAUCUACAAGCUCAAUACACGCACCUCCGGAACAUGCUCUUGGACAACGACGACGCCUCCUCGCAGUACCUCUUCCUCCCCGCACAGCUGCACAUGAACCCCGGCGCGACGACGCUCGCAGACGUCCUCGCCAAAACCCUCCCGGGGAACUACAUCAGCAUCAUGGUCCUGCACAACCAUCCCUUCUCCCGAGGGUCGGUGCAUAUCUCCUCCUCCAACGCGGCGGACAAGCCGAUCUACGAUCCCAAGUUGUUGUCCCACCCGCUGGACCUGGAGAUCCUGGCUCGACACACGCAGUUCCUCGAGCGGAUUGUCGCCACGGAGCCGUUCAAAUCCCUGCUCAAGGGACCGCGGAUGCCGGAGAAUACCAACGACUUGAGCGAUCUGGAUCGCGCGAAGGAGGUGGUUAAGGAACGGCUGUUUACGUGCUUCCACCCUGCGGGGACGUGUGCCAUGUUACCGCGGGAGAUGGGCGGUGUCGUUGAUGAUAGGCUCAAGGUGUAUGGGACGCGUAAUCUGAGAGUUGUCGAUGCGAGUGUCUUUCCUCUUGAGCCGACUGGGAAUAUCCAGGCGACGGUUUAUGCGGUUGCUGAGCGGGCGGCGGAUUUGAUCAUUGGUGUUGCUUAG